AGGUGCGAUGGGACUUCUUUAUGCCAUCUUCCUUGGGGCAGGAGGAAUGAUAGCAAUUGGUUUUUUCUUGCUGCUCUCCGGGACAAUUUAUUAUGACCUCUCCAGGAGCAAUAUUCCUGCUGGAUUUGACCAUCCAUUCAAACUUCGAUUUGUUCACUGGGGAGUCAUUCUGAUGAACACUAUGGGGAAGAUUCUUGAAGUGCUGGGACUCUGCAGGCAGAUUAUUGUCAUCCGCUUCCUAAUUGAUCUCCGGAGGCCAGCCCUGGAUCCCAGCCUCUCUUCCAAAGACCUGCAUUUCGAUGGGGUGCCGGUCAGGGUUUACCAGCCCAAAGCGCCAUCUGCUGGGCUAAGAAGAGGGUUUAUUUUCUUCCACGGAGGAGCUGGAAUGGUUGGAAGCAUCACUAUGUAUGAAGAUGUUUGCAGCAAAAUUGCCAAGGAGAGUGAUUCAGUCCUUGUGUCUGUCGGCUAUCGCCUGGCUCCGGAGCACCCAUACCCAGCGCAGUGGAAGGAUUGCUUCGCUGCUACUGUGCACUUCAUGCAAAAUGCAGAGCUCUACGGGGUGGAUCCUUCUCAGAUCAUCAUUGGUGGGGACAGUAUAGGGGCCAAUUUUGCUAGCGUUGUCGCCCAAAACCUGGUGGAGAGAUCAGGCCUGCCAAAGCUACGGGCUCAAGUACUGAUCUGUGGUGGCUUCCAAAGUAUGGACUUCAACCUACCUUCUUAUCAACAGAAUAGCAGGAUGCCUCUCUUGUUCCGGGAGAAUGUUCUUCAUUUGGGUCUGCAGUAUUUUCUAAAGGACGCUUCUCUGAGUCAUGAUGUCUUGAAGGGAUCUCAUGUGCCAGAUGAAAUGAGGCUCAAAUAUGGGAAGUGGAUGAGUCCAGAGAACAUUCCAGAGAAAUUUAAGUGUCGAGGAUAUGAACGAGUACCACACGCUCCUUAUAAGCCUGAUGUGUACAAACAAGUGUCAGAGACACUCCAACUCACUUUCUCUUCACUUUUUGCUGAAGACUCUGUCAUCCGAGAGCUCCCGGAGACUUUAAUUGUGAGUUGUGAAUAUGAUAUAAUUCGGGAUGAUUCUCUUUUGUUCAAAAAGCGACUGGAAGAUAACGGUGUGAAAUUCAGAUGGUUCCAUGCUGAAAACGGGUUUCAUGGAGUGCUGAACCUCUUCAGUGUUGGGUUUUUGACAUUCCCCAGCGGUAUAGAAAUACUGGACAACGUUGUAGACUUCGUCAAACAUUUAUGAGGGGAUUUUGCAGUGCUACCAUUCCUUAAGGAAUAAAAAUACCAAAAUAUUAAGGUGGAAGGGUGAAACACUCACACCAUUUUAAGCCCUGAAAGUUCUAAAUGUCCAUAAAAUUAAGAUGGCUUUUUUAAAAAUAGGGCUAUGCCAAAAAAAAAUUCUCCCACAUUUUUCUCAAACAUUGCCAUUCAAUUUGAAAGAAAAUAAAUUGCUUUCAAAGUGGAAUU